AUGGGAAUAAAGGAAAUGUUCAGUUUGGCCCGGGUGCCCUCCAUCCUCGUGCUCGGGGUGGUUUAUGUGGCCUAUGUGCUGAUCGGCGGGGUGGUUUUCUGGAAGGUGGAAGGAGAUCUCGGACAAAAGGACAUCAGUGUUUUACUGUUGAACAAAAAAAGGCUGCUCACGACGUACACCUGUCUGAACCAAGACGGCCUGGAGGCAGUGGCUCAGGUUGUUCAUGAUGCAUCAAAGGUGGGCCUUAGUUUGAGAGGCAACUACACCACAGACGGCUUCUGGAAAUUCACCAGCUCAGCUGUGUUUGCUGCAACUGUGGUGACAACUAUAGGUUAUGGGAACAUUAGUCCUAGUUCAACAACCGGACAGAUCUUCUGUGUGUUCUUUGCCGUGUUUGGGAUCCCGCUCAACAUGGUGGUCCUCAACAGGGUGGGCAAGUACAUGCUUGUAAUAGAGAGGAACGUUUCCGACUUCCUCGAGGGGAGGACCAGAAGGAAGUGUACCCGCUUUUUUGUCCACCUGGUGUCUUACCUGUCCGGAGCAGCUCUCUUCUUCAUUGUGCCCAUGAUUGUGUUCCAACAACAUGAGGGCUGGACCUACUCCCAGGCCAUCUACUACUGCUUCAUCACCCUCAGCACUAUCGGCUUUGGAGAUUAUGUGGCAGACAAUAAUCCAGACAAAGAAUACCCAGAGUGGUACAGCAUCCUUAUGGCCUCAUGGAUCUUCUUCGGCCUGGCCUGGCUGGCCCUGCUUAUCAACCACUCCAUCGACAUCCUGGAGCGGCUCAACGCCCACUUCAAACUGCAGUGGGGUGGACAAAAGCCGGAGGACGAGUCUGGCAACGCAGAGGGCAACAACCCCAACACACAAAUGGAGGAGGAAGAUGAGAUCAAGAAGCCUCCAAUAACUCAGUAA